GGCGGCGACUGAACGUUUUUGACAGAUGCGUGCGUGAACCUCGCGCGUUGUGUAGUGUGGUUAUAGUGCGCCAGUGUGCGGGCUCAAGUUCAGAGCAAAAUAAGUUCAAUUUUUUUUUGAAACUUUUUGAUCUUUCUCUCUGGACCAGCAACAAAUUUCCAGUACCGUUUGCAAGUAUCAAGGGAGGCCGCACGGACACGUUCAGAAAAUGGAAACGAGAAAAUUAAUUGAUCUGCUUAGGGCGACCAUUGACCCAAGCCAAAGGCAACAGGCAGAGGAACAACUUGGCCAGAUCCACAAGAUCAUUGGAUUUGCGCCAGCAUUGCUGCAGGUUGUUAUGGCCAAUGAAUGUGACAUGCCUAUCAGGCAGGCGGGAGCCAUUUACCUCAAGAAUCUGGUUUCCCAGAAUUGGGCUGAGAAGGAACCUGACCAACCCGGUGCUCCUAUCCCAUUUGCCUUGCAUGAGCAAGACAGGGCACUGAUCAGGGAUGCUAUUGUUGAUGCAGUUGUACAUGCUCCUGAACUUAUUCGUUUACAGCUCUGCACCUGCAUUAACAUUAUUAUCAAGCAUGAUUUUCCAGGCCGCUGGACUCAAAUUGUUGAUAAGAUUAGCAUAUAUCUGUCUAGCCCUGAAACCAGUGGAUGGCAUGGCGCUAUUCUGGCCUUGUACCAGUUAGUUAAAAAUUUUGAAUACAAAAAAUCUGAGGAAAGGGGCCCCCUGCAUGAGGCAAUGAACCUUUUGUUGCCACUAUUGUACCAGUUGGUAAUACGUCUUUUACCUGAUCCUUCUGAGCAGGCUGUUCUUCUGCAAAAGGAGUCAUUGAAAGUAUACUUUGCUCUCACACAAUACACAUUGCCUUUGGAUUUGAUUAGCAAGGAGGCAUUUGCACAAUGGAUGGAAAUUUGCAGACAAGUGGCAGAUAGACCAGUACCUCCCGCCGCUAUGCAACCAGACGAGGACGAUCGUCCAGAUUUAUCAUGGUGGAAAUGCAAGAAAUGGUCAUUGCAUAUUUUGCAUCGUAUGUUCGAACGUUACGGAUCACCGGGCAAUGUUAAUAAGGAAUACAACGAUUUCGCUGAGUGGUAUCUCCAGACUUUCUCAACUGGCAUUUUGGAAGUCCUUUUGCGACUUCUCGAUGCAUACAGGGGUGGCAAUUGGCAGCCACCACGCGUUCUCCAGCAGACGCUCCACUACGUCAACCAGGCUGUAUCUCAUGCUCACACAUGGAAGCUCAUGAAACCACACAUGGGUGCUGUCAUCCAAGACGUCCUGUUCCCGCUCAUGUCCUAUUCAGCUGAAGACGAGGAGCUUUGGACCGUCGAUCCGCAUGAAUACAUUCGCGUCAAAUUCGAUGUCUUCGAAGACUUCGUCUCGCCGGUGACCGCAGCACAGACCCUCUUACAUUCUGCUUGUAAGAAACGUAAGGAAAUGCUGCAGAAGACAAUGGGCUUCAUAACCACCAUCCUAAACGAUCCUACCGUUGAGCCGUCGAAGAAGGACGGCGCUUUGCACAUGGUUGGAUCGUUGGCUGAUGUAUUGCUCAGGAAAAAGAUGUACAGGGAUCAGCUCGAUCAGUUCUUCCUCAAAUACGUAUUCCCUGAAUUCGUCAGCUGCCGUGGUCACAUGAGAGCAAGAGCUUGUUGGGUUUUGCAUUAUUUUGCUGACGCUCCGUUCAAGCAGGAAGAGAUUCUCGUGGAAGCCGCUAGGCUCACUGUUGCAUCUUUAUUGCAAGACAAGGAAUUGCCGGUGAAGGUAGAGGCCGCUAUCGCUCUCCAGAGUAUGAUUAAUUACCAGGAAAGGGCUCACAAGUACAUCGAGCCGGAGGUGAAGCGAAUUGCGCUGGAAUUAUUGACGAUCAUUCGUGAAACUGAGAAUGAAGAUGUUACAGGUGUUAUGCAGAAACUCGUCUGCAUUUACACACAGCAAUUGGCACCAAUUGCUGUUGAUAUUUGUCAACAUUUGGCGACAACCUUCAGCCAAGUUUUGGAUACCGAUGAAGGAUCUGACGAGAAGGCAAUAACCGCUAUGGGAUUAUUGAACACCAUUGAAACUUUGUUGACUGUUAUGGAAGAACAACCGGAAGUUAUGCGUUUAUUGGAACCUACCAUAUUGCAAGUGGUUGGACACGUGUUUCAGCACGAAGUGCAAGAAUUUUACGAGGAAGCUUUAUCCUUGGUAUAUGAUUGCACCAGCAAGCAUGUAUCCGAAGAUAUGUGGAAAAUAUUUGAAUUAUUAUAUCAAGUAUUUAUUAAAAAUGGUCUUGAACACUUCACGGAUAUGAUGCCCGCGCUUCACAAUUACAUUACAGUUGACACAAAUGGUUUUUUGGCGAACGAACAACGUCUUCUGGCUAUUUACAACAUGUGCAAGGAGGUCUUGAAUCGGGAAUCCGGUGAAGACCCUGAGUGCCAUGCUGCUAAACUAUUAGAAGUUGUCUUGCUGCAAUGCAGAGGUAGAAUCGAUGGAGCCGCUCCGCUUUUAGUUGAACUAGCCGCAUCUAGAUUAUUGCGAGAAGUUAAAACCAGCGAACUCAGAACUAUGUGCUUACAAGUUCUGAUUGCAGCUCUCUAUUACAGCCCGCAAUUGCUCUUCUCCAUCUUAGAAAAAUUACCUAAUUUUACCUCGCAUUUCAUCAAGCAAUGGAUACACGAUACGGAUUGCUUCUUGGGAAUCCACGACCGUAAACUGUGCGUGCUGGGCAUUUGCACUCUGAUCAGCUUGCCCACCAAACCAGCGGUAUUGCAGGAGCUCGCUCCGAAAGUUAUGCCCGCCCUUGUUUUACUCUUCGAAGGAUUGAAACGAGCCUAUGCUUCUCGCGCCCAAGAGCAGGUCGAGGAGGAGGAGAGUGAUUCCGACGAAGGUGAUCUCGAGGAGGCCUUGAGUUCCGACGAAGACGACAUCGAUGAACAAGGCCAAGAGUAUUUGGAGUCAUUGUCCCGCAGAACCAUAAACUCUGGCGCCAUUCAAGGCUUUGAAAUCAAUUCGACUAUCGUCGACGAUGACUCUGACGAUGAUUCCGAUUACGAUGCCAACGAAGAGAUGGUUUUGGAGGCAUACACAACGCCCAUUGACGAGGAGAACUGCGACGUAGACGAGUACAUCACAUUCAAGGAGGUCAUGACCAGAUUGGAGAGUACCGAGGCCGAGUGGUACAGCGCUUUGACGAGGAACUUGACCGACGUCGAAAGGAAAUCUCUCAUGGAGAUUGCUGUUUUGGCAGAUCAAAGGCGCGCGGCACGCGAAAGCAAAAAAAUUGAACAGCAAGGAGGUUAUUCGUUCACUCAACAAGCAGUUCCGAGUACGUUUAAUUUUGGUAACGCUUCGCUGGGCUCGUGAAAGCAAAUUCCGUGAGAUCCGACGCAAAUAUUGUUUUGUUCAUUUCUUGAUUGAAUUGUCUUCAUAUAUCCCCCCCCCUUUAUUAUCUUCAUUAGUUUCGUGUCUUAACGUCUUUUGUUUUUUUUUUAAACUCGUAUAUAUACAUACACAAAGCAUACGUGUUUGUAUACAUACAUAUAAAAACGGCUUAACUCUAUUACAGAAUUGUUUAGUGUCUGAGAAAAAAAAAACAAAUUGACUGUUAAACAGUUGCUCGUGCUAAUUUUCUUAUUGUACAGAUUUAAUCUACUUUAUUAUAUAUAUUUAUAAAGAAUAUAUAGAACGUGGUUCCCAUGAGGACGGACGAGUUAAUAUUAAUUGUUGGUAUAUUAAUAAUAUGACGAUCAAUUCAAAAGAAACAAGAAAAAAAAAGGAUUUAGUAAGUGCCUUUAUUUUAUUUUCCGUUUCAUUUCGAACUCUCAUUCUUUUUUUGUUCACUUCUUUCGUUUUAAAGAGAGACUAAAAGACAUGCUAUCCCUUUCUCGACACUUCAACGAAAAACAAUACAUAAUAAAUAAAUGGCAGCGUUGAUCGACUUUGUAUCUUUAUUAUUUCAUUUUUUUUUUAAUAUAUAUAUAUAAUUAUUACAGGAGUAAUGAGUAGAGAGCACUUAUGUGAGAUUAUUUGUAAUUGUUCUGUUAUUAUUAUUACCUAUUUUUAUACAUAGUUAAUUUCUCUCUUAAAAUUUUAUUUUGCAUAAAUAAAUUAUUAUUGCAUUU